UAUUUCUUACUCUCCAAGACAAUGAGCAGUUGCUGAUAUUCCCCUACUCUCGUUUUUCUUUAUUUCUUCUCUCACUCGACUGAUACCUUCAAAGUCUUGAUUUUUUCUUGCUCGUUUAAGCUUUAACCCUAAAAGAUGGACAAAUCUUUGCUCGAUGUGGAGCAGCCCCAUUCAAUGGGGACCACCAUCAUCGGCGUCACCUACAACGGUGGCGUCGUCCUCGGCGCCGACUCCCGCACCAGCACUGGAAUGUACGUGGCGAAUAGGGCUUCAGACAAGAUAACUCAGCUCACUGAUAAUGUCUAUGUUUGCCGUUCUGGAUCGGCUGCAGAUUCGCAAGUUGUCUCGGACUAUGUUCGCUACUUUCUACACCAACACACGAUACAGCUUGGCCAGCCAGCCACCGUCAAGGUUGCGGCGAACCUUGUUAGGUUAUUAUCCUACAACAAUAAGGCUAUGCUUCAAACGGGAAUGAUUGUUGGUGGAUGGGACAAAUAUGAAGGGGGUAAAAUAUAUGGGGUUCCUCUAGGGGGCACACUCUUGGAGCAGCCUUUUGCUAUUGGAGGAUCUGGAUCUAGUUAUUUGUAUGGUUUCUUUGACCAAGCAUGGAGGGAAGGAAUGACCCAAGAAGAAGCAGAGAAACUGGUUGCGACUGCAGUAUCUCUUGCCAUUGCCCGAGAUGGUGCGAGUGGCGGCGUAGUUCGCACUGUAACUAUAAACAAAGACGGGGCUACAAGAAAGUUCUACCCAGGUGAUACUCUUCCACUUUGGCAUGAAGAAAUAGAGGCUGUGAACUCUCUGCUGGAUAUUGUGCCUGCCGCAAGUCCUGAACCAAUGGUCAGUUGAAAUUGGAAAUCAACUGUCAACAUGUUUGAGCCUCUAGAAUUGUAUUUCCUUUCCUGAUAUACCAGUACUAGCUCCCUAUUGUGGAUUGUUCUUUGUCCCCUUCCUUUGUCCUCUUCCAAUUUUAUACACUCUUGGGGCGGACAGUUCCAAUUCUGUAAUGUCAUAUUUAUUUUUAUCACUAUGUUUGCUAACAUGGAGAAAGCAAGGGUAAUCAAACUCUGAAACUUUUCUUUUUCUA